UAAGGUGAUCAUGGAGAAUAGAAAACAACAUCAUCAUGUAUUAGCAAUACCUUAUCCAACACAAGGCCACAUAAAUCCAAUGCUUCAAUUCUUCAAACGUCUAGUUUCAAAAAACCUCAAAACAACCUUAGCCAUCACCAAAUUUCACUUCAAUUCUACCCACCCACCUCCUUCCAUUAACUCCAUCUCAAUCGAUACAAUCUCCGACGGUUUCGACGACGCCGGUUACUCCCAAGCCUCCGACAGCCAAUCCUACCUCGAAACUUUCCAAAUCGCCGGUUCCAAAACCUUACUAGACCUCAUAAGCCGCCACCAAACAGCCGGAAACCCCAUAGAUUGUGUCGUCUAUGACUCCUUCAUUCCUUGGGUUUUCGACGUUGUUAAGCCCCUAGGAAUCAAAACCGCUAGCUUUUUCACUCAGCCCUGUGCCGUUAACUUUCUUUACUAUAACGUUUCCAUCGGAAAGAUCCCGGUUGGGUCCUCCGUUGAUGCACCGGUGACAUCCAUACCCGGGCUACCGUUGCUCACGGUGGAUGACUUACCGCCUUUCGUGUCGGAACCGGAGGUUUAUGUGCCUUAUCGUGACAUGGUUUUCGGACAGUUUCGUAAUGUUGUUGAAGCCGAUUUCGUGUUUGUAAAUACCUUUUACGAAUUGGAGGAAGAGGUGGUGAAUGAGAUGUCAAAGUAUAGUCCACUUAUAACAAUUGGACCAACAAUCCCAUCUUUUUACUUAGACAAAAGGGUUGAAAACGACAACGAUUACGGCCUCAACCUCUUCGAGUCGGACCCAUCAACCACCAUCCAAUGGCUAAGCUCAAAGCCAAAGGGAUCCGUCGUCUACGUCUCAUUUGGCAGUCUGUCGGACCUCGGAGGAGGCCAAAUGGAGGAGAUUUUAUGGGGUUUGAAGGGUUCCGAGUUCAACUUCUUGUGGGUUAUUAGAGCAACAGAGAUGCCAAAGUUCCCGGAUUCUUUUGUUAAUUCGGAGAAGGGUUUGGUUGUUGGAUGGUGCCCGCAGUUGGAGGUGUUAGCAAACGAUGCUGUCGGUUGUUUUUUCUCUCAUGCAGGGUGGAAUUCGACAAUUGAAGCUAUGAGCUUGGGAGUGCCAAUGGUGGUUAUGCCUCAAUGGACUGACCAGCCUAUGAAUGCUAAGUUGGCUGAAGAUGUUUGGAAGGUGGCGAUUAGGGUUAGGCUUAAUGAGAAGGGGAUUGUGGGAAGAGAUGAAGUGGAGAGAUGUGUGAGGGAAGUUAUGGAUGGAGAAAGUGGGAAGGAGAUGAAGAUGAUGGCUUUGAAAUGGAGGGAUUUGGCUAAGGAGGCUAUUGAUGAAGGUGGUUCUUCUGAUAUAAACAUUGAUAAUUUCAUAAAGAAAUUGUCUGAUUUGAAAAAUUAAAUUGUUGCUUUUAUUUACACUAUCAUUACAGCUUGUUCUUUUCAUGUUUAUUAAU